GUACGUCGGCAAACUAUUAAAGCACAACUAGCAAGAAGGGAAGAAAUGUCUUCUUUCUUCGUGUUUACAUGCUUAUUUGUUCACUUUAUUUUGCUAGAAGGAGUGGAAAGUCAAUGCGUAGCCGCUAACUAUACAGGCUGUUGUACAAACUAUCCAUGCCAUGGAGCUGGGUCCAGUUUAUGCUAUUGUGACGCCAGUUGUUACAUAUACGGUGAUUGCUGUCCAGAUGUAGCCAGCAUUGGUUGUGUAUACUUGGAGAGUUCUUGUGUAUCUGCUGGCUUCACUUCUUGCUGUAAUACUUCUACUAGUUCUUCAUGUCGUGGGACUGGUGGUAAUUCAACCUGUUACUGCGAUCAGUCUUGCUAUACUAAUAACAAUUGCUGCCCUGAUAUUAAUCAAACUAGCUGUGUACAAAGUAACGUUACUGAAACAGGUGAGUACUAUUCUAUAUCAAGUACCCAUGUGUAUAUCAAUGGAGCCUAUUCAAACCACUAGCUUUAACAAAUAAGGCUUCAACCAUUUAGCA